AUGGUCUCAAGACUUCUCCUGGUGCUCGCCCUCUGGGUGGGCAGCUUAGCCUGCAGUGGGAGAGAAGCAGCCCCCGCCCAGCCCAGGGUGAGGUGCCGGGCCUCUAGGUACCCAGUCGCUGUGGAUUGCUCCUGGACCCUGCCGCCCGCUCCGCACUCCGCCACGCCCGCGUCCUUCAUUGCCACGUACAGGCUUGGCGUGGCUGCCCACGGGGAGAGCAGGCCCUGCCUCCAGCCGACCCCUGAGGCCACCAGCUGCAUCAUCCCGGACGUCCAGAUGUUCUCCAUGGUGCCGUAUAUACUCAACGUCACGGCGGUUCAGCCCUGGCCCAGCAGCAGCUUUGUGCCCUUUGUUCCAGAGCAUAUCAUUAAACCAGACCCUCCAGAAGGCGUCCGCCUGACCCCCCUCCCCGGGCAGCGGCUGUGGGUGCAGUGGGAACCCCCCCGGUCCUGGCCCUUCCCGGAGAUCUUCGCACUCAAGUACAGAAUCCGAUAUAAGCAUCACGGGUCGCCCCGCUUCCGCCAGGUAGGGCCUAUUGAAGCCACAUCCUUCACCCUUAGGGUUGUGAGACCCCAAGCCAGGUACUGCAUCCAGGUGGCUGCUCAGGACCUUACCGACUAUGGGGAAAUGAGUGACUGGAGUCUCCCUGCUGCUGCCUCCAAGCCCAUGGGCAAAUAGUGGGGCUUGCCAGCCCCCACCCCGCCCAGAAGAGGGGCUGGGUCCUUGACGUCUGCCCCCCACUGCCACCCACUCAAGGACGGAUGGGACCCAACCGGCCUGGGUUCGC